GUGACAUCUCCCCAAGAAAGGUUCUAUUUUCUCCCCUGAAUCUUUAUCAUCUUUGUCACAUGAUUAUGAUCAUCACAGUUCAUACUGACUUUAACCAAGUUUGAUAUCAUCUUCCCCCAAGAAAGGGUUUCUCUUCAUUAUGAGCUCCAAGCAUCUGUGGACAGCUUUUUGUUUAUUGGCUUUAACAUGCUCACUUCUUCCUUCUUUCUCGUCUGGGAUUCUAAGAAUUGGUUUAAAGAAGAGACCUCUUGACCUUCAAAGAAUUCGGGCUGCAAGAGCUGCAAGGGAAGAACUGAGGCUCGGAAGACCGGUGAAGGAUUUGUAUCAGUUUAUUAGUAACUCACAUGAUGAAGAUAUACUACCUCUGAAGAAUUAUGUGGAUGUGAUAUAUUAUGGAGAGAUUGGAAUAGGCACACCCCCCCAGACCUUCACUGUCAUAUUUGAUACUGGUAGUUCCAACCUUUGGGUUCCUUCAUCAUGGUGCUAUUUAUCAAUUGCCUGUUAUGUCCAUUCUUGGUACAAGUCUAGCAAAUCCAGUACAUACACUAAGAAUGGAACAUCAUGUGAAAUACAAUAUGGGACAGGAUCAAUAUUUGGAUUUUUCAGUCAAGACAACGUUGAAGUUGGUGAUGUGGUCGUAAAGCAUCAAGAUUUCAUCGAGGCUACUCGAGAGGAAAGUCUUUCCUUUGCACUCCUUGAGUUUGAUGGGAUAUUUGGACUUGGGUUUCAGGAAAUCUCAGUUGAGCAAGCAGUGCCAGUUUGGUACAAUAUGGUGAAGCAAGAUCUUGUUGGCGAGAAGGUGUUCUCUUUUUGGCUCAAUGUGGAUCCGGAGGUAGAAGAGGGUGGUGAAGUUGUAUUUGGCGGUGUUGAUCCAAAUCAUUUCAAAGGAAAACAUACUUAUGUUCCAGUUACUAGAAAAGGUUAUUGGCAGAUUGAAAUAAGAGAUUUUCUCAUUGGAGGUCUUUCGACAGGUGUGUGCGAGGGUGGAUGUGCUGCAAUUGUGGAUUCAGGAGCAUCUUUGCUUGCUGGUCCAACCUCAGUUGUGGCUGAAAUCAACCAUGCCAUUGGAGCUGAAGGAAUUUUUAGUUCAGAAUGUAAGGAAUUAGCUUCUCAAUUUGCAGACAAGAUAUGGGAUCUACUUGUCUCAGGGGUGGACCCUGAUGAAGUAUGUUCCCAUCUUAGUUUAUGCUCUACGUAUGGGGAUCGAUCUAAGAGCACUGGGAUUGAGAUGGUGACUGAAACAACAGAAAGAGAGGGGCUGUCAGCUAGAGACAAUAACACGUGUUCUUUGUGUGAGAUGGCUGUCGUUUGGAUCCAGAAUCAACUAAAACGAAAGGCAGUCAAGGAAAAAGUAAUCAACUACAUAAAUCAGUUAUGUGAAAGAUUGCCAAGUCCUAGUGGAGAAUCCACAGUAAGUUGUGAGAGUAUUUCUCAGAUGCCGAACAUCUCACUAACAAUCGGAGAUGAACUUUUCAACCUCACUCCACAGCAGUAUAUUCUGAGAAGUGGACAAGGCGUUGCGGCAAUCUGCCUCAGUGGGUUUGCAUCUUUUGAUAUUCCCCCUCCUUAUGGUCCUCUCUGGAUCCUUGGCGAUGUUUUCAUGAGGGCUUAUCAUACUAUCUUUGAUUAUGGGAACCUGCAAGUGGGCUUUGCAAAAGCUGUCUAGAGCAACUUUCGUUCAAGGCAGACAAACUCCCGUGAGUUUUAAUUAAAAAAAGAAAAUGUUAUUACUGGUAGAAAUUGCGUAAUUAGUUUAAGAUCUAUUUAUACAAGUUGUUGUGUUACUUUCUUUUAUAUAUUAAUCUGUACUGGAGGGUGGUUGAAUGCUUGCACAAA